UUUCCCAAAUACUCAAAUCAAAAUACAGAUUUGUAUGCGAUUAGCAUGUAAGAAGUAGACAAGCUCGCGUAGUGUCGUGCAUGCAUUUCAAUUUAAGCACCUGUUUCCUUUGCAUGCACACACGAUUUCUCUCUCUAUUCUCCUCCGUCUCUCUUUCUCUCUCUACAGAUACAUAUCUAUUUGUAAACUCGUAUCUAUAUCUCUGCAUCCUCUGUUUAAUUCUUAUUUUAAUUUUAAACUCUUCCAAAAGUAGGGCCACCGACCUCCGCCCGCCGCCGUUGGUUUUCGCCGCUUUCAGAUUCACUCCACCGACCGCCGCCCGUUGGUUUAGAGACUUGACUUAUGGGGACGUCAUGUUGCAUAGAUUUGAAAAAGGUUUUACGGUGAUUUUGAGUUGAAUGAUUGAAUUUUACGAGAAAUGGGGUCAAAGAUUUGCAUGAAUGAGUUGUGCCGUGCAACGACGUCGUCGGAAUGUAAGAAAGGUUGGGGCUUGAAAUCAGGUGGAUUUGCUAUUCUCUGUUACCGCUGCGGAUCUGCUUAUGAAAAUUCAAUUUUUUGUGAGUCAUUCCACCAAGAGGAAUCUGGUUGGAGGGCAUGCAGAGGAUGUGGGAAGCGCAUCCACUGUGGAUGCAUAGCUUCAAGAUUUUUGUAUGAAUACAUGGAUUUUGGAGGUGUAGAGUGCAUAAACUGUGCAAAGCAUAUGGAAAUUAAUUUAAUGCAAUCAAUGCAGAUCCCUGGUGUUGCCAUUCCAAAUGGCUCAUUUGUUACGAACAGUAUUGGAGAUGUGCAUCCAACAGUUGUCGAGAGUAGAAUUAAUGAUGAAAAUUUUAGUAUGGAGAGGCUGCUGCAGUUGACCAAGACUGCAGGGGCCAAUGAACCUGGACAGCCCUUUCACUCUCAUAAACGAGAAACUAUGGAAAGGAAGAGGCACUUUGCAACUCGUACCCAACGAUCGGGUGAAUCAUCUGCAUUUACCAAAACAGACAAUAGCAGGCCUAAACAAGGGGCUAAGGAUGUUUAUGAAUCGAUGUCACAGCCUCAUCUAAAUAUCUCUUUGAGCACUCCUUUAGAUGGUAACAGCUGUGGUUUACCUUUUGGUGCCGGAAACGCAGAAGGAAGUGAACAGAGCAAAGGCUCAUCUGCUCAGGGGCAGAGGCCACGCAAUAUUUUGCUGAAGCCGCUGGUAUCGGGCUCCGAGCAAAACAAAGGAUCCGCACGGGUUGCAAGGCCUCCUGCUGAAGGAUGGGGCCGCAAUCAGUUGCUUCCUCGAUACUGGCCUAGGAUUACAGAGCAAGAGUUGCAGCAAUUAUCCGGAGAUUUGAAAUCUCCUAUCAUACCAUUGUUCGAAAAAGUUCUGAGCGCUAGUGAUGCUGGACGGAUUGGUCGUUUGGUUCUUCCCAAAGCAUGUGCUGAAGCGUACUUUCCUCCUAUUAAUCAAUCAGAAGGUAUACCAAUUAGGAUUCAGGACAUAAAGGGGAAUGAGUGGUCAUUUCAAUUCCGAUUUUGGCCCAAUAAUAACAGCCGAAUGUAUGUUUUAGAGGGUGUAACCCCUUGCAUCCAAAGUUUGCAAGUACGAGCAGGUGACACAGUCACAUUUAGCCGAAGAGAUCCCGGGGGUCAGCUUGUCAUAGGUUGUCGGAAAGCAACCAACGUUUCCGAUAUGCAGGAUUCCCAAACGCCUACCAUUCCACAUGGUGGUUCUCCAGGAGAAAUGUCAGUUUCUGGUCAUAUCGAUAACCUGAUUACAAAUGGAGGCAGAACAAGUGAAGAUUCUAUGCAACGGUCUACGCCGAUUUUAGAGAAGAAGAAGGUUGAAAACAUUAAAAAUAAGAGGCUUCUCAUGCACAAUGAUGAAGCUAUGGAGCUUAGAGUCACCUGGGAAGAAGCGCAAGAGUUGUUCUGUCCAUGUCCAGCUUCCAACCCUACGGUUGUCAUGAUUGAGGAUCAUGCAUUUGAAGAAUUUGAGGAACCACCAAUUUUCGGAAAGAGGACAUUUUUUACAUCUUCCUUUUCCGGGGAGCAGGAACAAUUGGCUCAAUGUGACAGUUGCUCAAAAUGGAGAAGGUUGCCUUUGCAUGCUCUUCUUUCUGCAAAGUGGACGUGUUCAGAGAAUACAUGGGACUCAAGCAGGAGUUCGUGUGCUGCUCUAGAGGAUAUAAAUCCAGGGGAUCUGGAUGCUUUCUUUAGAGUUAUCAAGGGUAUGAACCAGGAUUCUAAGAGGCGAAGAAUUGCAGAUAACAGAGCACCCAAAGAGGGGGAGCCUUCUGGCUUAGAUGCCUUGGCAACUGCUGCUGUUCUGGGAGACAACAUGGGUGAGUUGGGAGAGUCUUCAGUUGGAGUUACUACAAAACAUCCUCGGCAUCGCCCCGGCUGCUCGUGCAUUGUCUGCAUUCAACCUCCAAGUGGGAAAGGUAAGCAUCAGCCCACAUGCAAAUGCAAUGUUUGCUCGACAGUUAGACGUCGCUUCAAGACGCUCAUGAUGCGCAAGAAAAAGCGAAAAUCGGAACGGGAAGCGGAGCUUCUUGUCCAGGCCAAGGGUCCCUCAAAUGAUGAUAUUGAAAACGAAAAAAAAGCUGGACACGCAUUGCUGCGUAUGAUUCAGACAGAAAAUGCAGGUGGUACAAGUGGAAAUCAACUGGAACUGGCGGAGGCGAACAAGGGACAUCUCGACUUGAAUUCUGAUCCUAAUCACGAGGACGACAUGCUCAAAGAGGCUGCUGGGAUGAGCUUGACGGCCUUGAUCAAUGCAGCUAGCCUUCCGUUGGAUAUGUAUUUUGGACCAAAUAGAGUUGGUCCUGGUUUGCUUUCGCAAGCUGUUGACAAGAGCGAUGGAUAUGGUGUAGGGGGCAUUGCAUCUGGAAAUGAGGCGCAGAAUAAGGGUGAAGACGGGUAAUUUGGGAGACCCCUCUUGAGUUGUAUAAUUUUUGGUGCUAUUUUAUGAUGGAUAGACUACAGAUUUAUAUUGUUAAUCUAUAGAUGCAUCCUUUUGUAAACUCGGUUAUCUUUUUCCCUCACAAUCCUAUAGUUUGUGUUAUGCACUUAUAAAGUGGAAACAACGGAGUUGAUUGAGGGGUU